AUGGAGGAGAGGGAGCAGCUGCGCCGACAGAUCCGGAUCCUGCAGGGCCUCAUCGACGACUACAAGAACGUCCACGGGAACUCCCGGACUCCGCCGGCAGCCGGGCCGCGGUGGCCACCGCCCUCCUACCGCGGCCGCGGGACCUUCGGCGUGGGCUACUCUCGGCCGGCCCGGAGGGAUUUCUUCCCGCACCAGGGGCCAUCGUGGCGCAAAAAGUACUCCCUCGUGAACCGGCCUCCCGGCGCCCCGGAGCAGCCCGAGGGCGGGACGCCCCCGAGCCGGGACCGCCCAGGCCCACCCCCACCGGACCCGCGGAGGCAGGUCCAGCUCAGACCGGACCAGAACAUGGUGAUCAGGAUCCAGGCGCCUUCGGACGCCGGCUCAGCGGGUGGGUCCCGGGCGCGCCAGGAUGCUCCCCGGAGCGACCCGGGGCUGCGGAAGAAGGACGGAGAAGCCGGGGGCUCCAGCCGCGAGGAGGGGACCAGCCUGGUCUGUCGGAAGGAGAAGGGCAAACCCCGUGUCGUGAACUCCGUGGGCGGCGGGCCCGGCCGCCCCCGGGAGCCCCGUUGGACCGCCAGCGAAAAUGCCCGUGGGUUAACCCGCCAGGCGCUCCCGGCGCGGCCCCAGUCGAGCGAGGGGGAUGCUGUCGGGAAAGCCGGAUCCCGCAUCCCUGAUGCCUUAUGUUUACAGAGGCUCAGGCCCGGGAGAGAGCCGCUCCUGAAGAAUUCCCUGGCCCCGGCCACCAAAACAACGAGAGAGCCCUCCCUGCCGGGGCCCUGCAGGACUCCCAAAUUCAGGAGAACGAACUACACGUGGGUGGCUAGCACUGUGAAGGCCCCGAGGGGCCCCCCGAGGCGACCCCUCAGCCCCAGGGCCGCUGCCGAGGGGGCCCGGAAGGCUCCGUCGUCCGGGGCGGCCGACAGGCCGGUGAAACCCCAACCGAGGGCCGACCCGGGGGUCAAGCCGAGGAAGCCGGCCGCGCCGUCCAAGCCCCGGGGCUCUUCCAGCAAAUACAGGUGGAAGGCCACUGGUCUGACCCCUGCUGCGGCCGCCCCUUUCCAGUGGCGGGCGGAGGCCCCUGGGAAGUCCGACGGUCCCCCGGCCUCCCCGGACGGCGCGGAUUUUCCCGCCCCUGGCCAAGCUUCUGGGGGGCCCGGUGGAUGGAAGCCCACUUUUGGCGAAAGCGCGCUCUCGGCUUACAAGGUCAAAAGCCGCACCAAAAUCAUCAAGAGGCGAGGGAGCGUGAGCCUCCCAGUUGAUAAGAAGAGCAGCCUCUUGCCCCCUGCCACCCCCAAGGGCCACUCCAGUCUCCGGAGGAAGCCCAGUCCCCGAGCGAAAUCCAGCCCCGCGUCGAAGAGGACCCCCAACAGGGGAGCGGCGCAGGUCACCAACCACAGGCUGCGCCGGGUGCCGGCCCCCCGGGCCCACACUCCCGGGAAGGAAGGGUCCAAUUUACACACCUUCCGGAGCCCCCUGGGCAGCAAAGUGAUCAAAACCCGAUACCGGAUCGUGAAGAAGAACGUGGCAUCCUCGGCCCACCUGGAGUCUUUUGGUGCCCCCAGCCCCUCCUGGAGGACCAGGCGCUUAUCUAGCCCCAGGUCUCUGGUGGUAAACCAAAUCCGACACUCUCCUUUCGGGGGCAAAUCGCAACAGGCCCAGCAGAGAUGGAGAAGCAGAGGGUACCGCUGCAUAGGAGGCAUAAUGUACAGGGUGUCUGCCAACAAACUCUCCAAAACCUACAGCAUCCCUCUGAAGGCCAGCGAUGGGAGCACCAGAUCCCUCAGCAGAACAGGAAAGCUGGACAGUCCCAGCAGCAGCAGCAGCAGCAGCCCCGGCCAAUCUCCCAGCUGUCCAGGCCGAGCAGCCACCAGCCGCUCCAUCGCCAGCCGGGCCGUCCAACGCAGCCUGGCCAUCAUCCGCCAGGCCAGGCAGAGGAAGGAGAAGAAAAAGGACUACUGCAUGUACUACAACCGAUUUGGGAGAUGCAACCGCGGCCUCAGCUGCCCGUACAUCCACGACCCCGACAAGGUGGCCGUGUGUACCAGGUUUUUGCGGGGAACAUGUAAGAAAACCGACGGGUCGUGCCCAUUUUCCCACAAAGUUUCCAAAGACAAGAUGCCGGUGUGUUCCUACUUCCUGAAAGGCAUCUGCAGCAACAGCAACUGUCCUUACAGCCAUGUCUAUGUGUCCAGGAAGGCUGAAGUCUGCCAGGAUUUCCUCAAAGGUUACUGCCCCAUGGGAGAGAAGUGCAAGAAGAAGCACACCCUGUUGUGUCCAGACUUUGCCAAGAAGGGCAGCUGCCCAAGAGGCAGCAAGUGCAAGCUCCUGCACCGCCAACGGAAGCACCAGAGCCAGCAGCCCAGCCCCACGGACCCGCUGGACCCAAGCAUCUCGCCAGCCCAGUGGAGGAGAGCCGAGAGCGACGGGGCAGAGAGGCAGCCGGCCCCACCAUGCUGUGCCCUGGACACCCCAGGGCCCUCCUCCCCGGACAAGAAAGAGCCGUCUCAGACUGACUCAGAAGCCCCGGGCUCCAGCACCCUCCAGAAGCUGCCAUCCUUCAUCUCCCUCCAGUCCCCGGCCAACUCUCGGAGCCGGGCCCCCGUCAGAGCCAAAGGAGAGCAGAUGGGCGAGGAUACAGGGAAACCCCUGCAGAUCAAGCCGAGGCUGUGAGGUCUGGCCCUCGUCCCACCCUCCAGUGGCCACGAUGCCCCCUCAGGAACCCACCUCCGGAGCCCCCGUCGGAACAGGCCUGCUACCUACCUCACUCUCCACACUGGACCUCUGGGGCUCUCCCCACUCGAGCCAGCGCCAGACCCUAACCGCCCCCCUCCCGGCCACCCCGGGCCCCACCACCCCCGGGCGUAGCCAGUCUAGGCAAGUAGUUUUACCUUUCUGAACAAACUAAACUUUUCAUCUUUCAUCUUGUCAAUCCCAGGUCUCUUGGCCACUCUCACUCCACCCCCAGGCCCGGUCUCCCCACCCCAACCACCUGAUGCAAGUUCCAAGGGGCUGGGCUCUUUGGCCGACUCCCCCAGCGCUGUUUCCUUGAAACGGAGAGGAAAGGGGGAGGAAACUCCACCGUUGGUCCAAGAGAAUGUCCUCAGCUGCCCCAGGCAGGGUCUGGUCUCUGUGCCCUCCCCCUCCUUGCCCCUCCCUACUGUCUUCCCUCCCCCUUCCCAGACGGGGCAGCCAGAGGACAACGGUCCAUCCGUGCUGGGGCUGUGCUCAGCCUCUUCCCGGUCCCUGGAGGGAGGGAUGGGGGAUGGUGUCCAGAAGGGAAAGCCUGGGGACUGCAGCUUUCUGAGCCGGUGAAAUCUUUUGAGCCGGGAAUCUCAGCGCCUAUUCCAGCAGGGGAUGGGCGCAGGGAGGGAAAGGGGAAAGAAGGGAGGGAGGGUUCUGCCAGUCCCCCUCCUCCUGCCCAAAACCUGAGAUUCCCUUAAGGCCAGAGGGACUCUGGGUGGGAUUUUUGCUGUGAAAUUGGACAGCUAGUGACCAGAAAUGGCUUUUCACAGGAGUUUUCUUACAGUCCUCGCCUCGGGGGAAAUAUUGUACAGGUCACCGCUGGCCUCAGCUCCUCCAAGCUCAGCACUGCCCCCCAACUCACCCCCUGUUUGUAACCUGUUUUCUAGCCUGUUCUCCCCUUCCCCAGGCUCCUCCAGGCUUUUCUCUGAGCCAUGAUCUCACUGCCCGCCCCCCCCCCCCGCCCUUUUCUCCCGUCUUCUUUCCUCUCUUCCCCAUCCACGCCCACACCUUGUCUCCCUCCAUUCGUGGGGCCUAAGUCACAUUGAUAAUGGUGCUAUGGAGAGAGAGGGGCUUCCAAGAGCUCCAGGACUACCCCCCCACCCAGGUAUCUCCUGCCCCUCCCCGCCACCCCCACCCCUCUAGACCUUCUCCAGUGAUUUCGGUAUUUUAA